AAAAUAAAUGCCCGUUCCUCAAGCCAAACGCCACUGAUAUGUCAUUCAACCGUCACGUUUAACAUAACCUCAAUACUUACCAUAACUUUAUUUACAAAAAAUAUAAACAAACAACGUCUUUAAAUUAAAUAUUCAAGUAAUGAAUGAAAAUGCUGCCGUUGAAAACGUUCUUUUAAACCUUUUGGCAGCCGGUGAAACAAAUUACGAAUUCCCAACGUUGCAAAGGGAUGCUGCGGCCCUGGUUGCUAAAAAUUUCACCGAAAUCAUUUACUCCACCUUAAAGCAGAAAAGCGCCUCUAAUUCUAGUAAAAGGAGCAAUUUGUUGAAACUCAUCAACUUAACAUGCCAAACCCCUGAAAUACACUUGUGCAAUGAUCAAUAUAAAUUAUAUCUUCACACAUUUAAAGUAGAAUUAUCUGCUGAGCCAACAAGGAAUUUAGUAGAUAAAAUAAGUAAGGAGCUGAAUGAUAUUCCCUUGGACCUACAAACUGAAGUAUCUGAGUUUUUUAAAAGAAAAAAUGGGAGAAGGCGUAAUGUGGUGCAAAAACAAGAACUUAUAAGGCAAAUGGAUCAGGACAGCUUACCUGAAGGUUUUGGCUCUGGUUACUCAAGAAAUGUUUUAUCAUAUGAAACAAGCCAAAGCCUAGUUAAUGAACUUUUAAAGACAAAACAAUUGGACCAUAAAACAAAAAAAAUUACUUUAAAUACAAACACCGAAGACUAUAGGAAGAAACAAGUUCAGUUCUGUUAUGCCUUAGUAAACCUUAGUAACUCAUACAGUGAAAUAAAGAUUUUACAAGAAGUUUUAGGUAAAAUUGCUGAUUAUCAGUGGCUAGAAAAGUUUGAGUGGCAACUUCUUGAAGAUCUUUGGCUUAAAGGAGAGAAGCGCAAGAGAGGAGACAAGGAGACAAAACAACCCGGAAUGAAGCAGCAGAAACAAGAGAAGCAUUGGAAGAAGAGUCUUUCCGUUCUUCUAAUAUUAUUUUUAUACUACGUUUAUCUACUACGUUUCGUUCUUUUUUUUUACAUUAAUCUUUUAAAGUGUUCGUAA